AUGAAUAUCCCUCAGCUCCCGGAACCGCCCAUCUUACCUGCAGCGCCCAUUUCUUCGGGGCUCUCCAAAUCACAGCUCUUGUCCAAAUGGAGAGACGAGCACGGCUUGAACAACACAUCAUCUAUCGAUAUCCUCAGAGAUACAGUCAAUAUCCUCCAGGGCAUCGACGGCACCUUCUUCAGAUUCCAAGGCACAGCCAAUCAGAGCGAGUUCAAGCUCAUUCCAACUGGACAGCGCUCGAAACGCGUUCCAAAACCAACACUUGAACUUGUCAUCCGCUUGGCUGAAUUGGGCUGGUUAUACAAGCAGGUCGCUGAGUUCGUGCACGAAUGCAGUACUUCUACUUCUAAGGGUCUUAUCACUCAGGCCCUCUCAAGACACGUGCAAAAUCGUUUAUAUGACUUUUAUCGCCUGAUUGCCCUACUCGAAGCUCAGCUGGCGCACACUCCCGAAAAAGACGACGAUCACAGCGAUUCGACAGACAGUCUCACUCUUGGCAGAAUAUCCGUUUGGACGGAAGAAUGGCGUCUGAAAAUGCGAAUGAUGAGCACUCUCGUACAAGGAGCAGAAGAUGUACACGGCGGUGCUCUAGUCUCUCUUAUACAUGGCUACACGGAGAAUGGCGAUCCUUUCAUCCGCGCAUUCGUUUCGGAGUUGCUUGAAGAGGUUUCUCAACCCUUCUUCAACACCCUGCACACUUGGAUAACGUCUGGAGAGCUAUACGACCCAUUCAAGGAGUUUUUCGUCAGCAAUAACAACGACCUCGGCAUGGAUCUCAACUCUUUCGGCUGGAUGGUGGGUGCAGCCAACACAGCCGAACACAAGGCGAACAUCGACGCCGGGCAGCUGUGGGCCAAGAAAUACAGUGUGCGAGAUGAGAUGAGGCCACGCUUUGUCGGAGAGGCGUUCGCAAAGAAAAUAUUCAGUAUCGGAAAGAGUUUGAACUUUAUCAGACACAGCUGUAUGGAUGAGGAGUUCUUCGCAACUAACCAGAUAUCGGAUAUUGCAAACAAGGUACUCACUUACUCUGAUAUACCGUCUCUUGAACAAUCGAUCGAUAUUGCCUUUUCCAUCGCCAGUCAGAGGCUGCUCGAGAAUAUGUUUUCAAAGUACAAACUGAUGGACCACCUCCAAGCACUAAAGAGAUAUCUCAUGCUCGGUAGUGGUGACUUUGUUGACAUAUUGAUGGAGUCGAUCGGGCCAUCGCUGGCGAGACCUGCAAAUACACUCUAUCGUCAUAACCUCACUGCCACCCUAGAGGCAGCUAUCCGGGGAUCCAACGCUCAGUAUGAUGAUCAAGAGAUGCUGCGCAGACUCGAUGCGCGCAUGCUUGAGUACACACACGGUGAGAUUGGAUGGGACGUGUUUACGCUCGAGUACAGGGUCGAUCAGCCCCUCGAUGUCAUACUCACGCCCGAAGUUAUGUCCAAGUACAGGAGGAUCUUCAACUACCUCUGGAGACUGAAGAGGGUCGAGAGCGAUCUGGUGAAGGGUUGGAAGAGGUGUGUUAUGGGCAAACGCUCGUAUCUAAAGGUUCCGAGUCUCGAUAACGAUUGGCAUCAGGCGCGUCUUGCAAUGUCUGAAAUGAUCCAUUUUGUCAAGGAAUUGGAAGCUUACUGUCAUCUCGAAGUGAUAGAGUGCUCAUGGGAACGUAUGGAGCAGUUCGCUUCAAAGCGCGAGGGUGAUCUGGAUGCAUUGAUUGCUGCACACAGAGACUAUCUAGAGAGGAUAGUGAGCAAAAUCAUGCUCGUCGGUGGGCGUUCUUCACGGAGGGAUGAGGAGUUGAUGCAGAAAACAAAACAACUCUUAAAUGUAAUUUUAACAUUCAGAAGAGCGGUUGAAGAUCUUUACACGUUCACUCUUCACAUGUCGUCCUCACUUGACCACACUCCCAUAGAUAACGCUAACAAUAACUACCGCAAUAAGAGAUUGUCAACCGCUUCGUCGAUCUCGCGCGCUCCUUUUGAAGUUGCAGGCGGUGGUUCCAGCUCUAGUAUGACGGGCAGCAGGACUUCAACACCCGGCGCGGCAAGCGUCGUCGACGAAGACGACGAUAGCAUUGCAGGUAUCAGAACUAGAGUGCAGUCGUCUGCUGAGGAGUUCCACGAGUUGGCUACUUACGUCGUCAACGCCCUUCAAUCUCACCCUGACCUCGACGUACGUUUCCUUGCUGUUCGUUUAGGCUUUAAUCAAUUCUACCGUAAACCUACAAAAUAA